AUGAAACUUUUGGUGAUUUUGGUCCUACCCUUGGCAUUGGUAUAUGCCGCUUCGGAGAAGCACUUACCGAGCCUCUCGGUAUUGAAUCAACCUCAACCGAACGAACAUCAUCCUGCAUCGCUGGCCACUAAAAAAGAGAAACGUGGGAUCUUUGGUCUUGGAGCAUAUGCUCCGGCUGCUCCAAUCUACGGGCACGGGUUUGCCCAUCACGCACACCAUCUGCUCCCGCAAGCGGAUCCUUUGGCUCCACUAGCUUUUGCCGCUCCUGCAUUGCCUGCCUUAGCCGGGCCUUACUUGGGUGCCCAUGCUCAUACGCACACGGUCGUAACGAAGAAGGUCGGAAUCCCAAUUCCUGCUCCAUAUGCCGUUCCUGUAGAAAAGCCGUACCCGGUACCGGUCAAAGUCCAUGUGCCAGUUCCGGUAGAUCGUCCUUUCCCAGUGGCCGUUCCGAAACCGUAUGCCGUUCCAGUCGAUCGCCCGUACCCAGUACCUGUUGAUCGUCCGUAUCCUGUUGCAGUACCGCACCCUGUGCCAGUUCCGGUUGUUAAACAUGUUGGAUACCCUGUGCAUACUCCGGUCGUUGUAGAAAAACCCGUGAUCGCAGCUGUUGGACCUGAUCCUUGGGCAAAUGGCCGGCUGUGGUAG